GUGUGAGCUUUGCGGUUUUUUUUUUUUAUUGUUAUCUUUUUCCUUCCGUUAGCUUUUGUGUCUUAUAGGUGCUGUGUUUAAUAUAGGAUGACUUAACAUUAACUUCGCGUUUCUACCUAAUUAUUUAAGCUAAUUUACGCUGCUCUGGGCCCUUAUCUAUCGACCACUUGGCUAUAUAUAACCAUAUUCCUAAUCGUUUUUACGUCGUGGUGCUAGCCGAAAUAGUUAGCAUUCUAAAGAAACGGUUUCCAGCGUCGUAUCAAUUCAUAUUGUCCAACCAAAAACCUAAGGAUAUUUUACUUUUAUUCCAGCUUUUCAGUUUAGAAUGGCGACCGCCACUUCCACCCCGGCCGGCCAGAGGAUAAGCACCCGGGCGAGCACCGCCGGCGGCGGCACUCCUCUGAGCCCCACAAGGAUCACCAGGCUGCAGGAGAAAGAGGAGCUGAGCAACCUCAACGACCGCCUGGCCACUUACAUCGACAAAGUCAGGAGUCUAGAGUCAGAGAACAGCGUUCUUCACCUGCAGAUUUCUGAAAAGGAAGAGGUGAGGAGCCGGGAGCUGACCGGCCUCAAGGCUCUGUAUGAGACGGAGCUCGCGGACGCGCGGCGCUCUCUGGACGACACGGCGAAAGAGCGGGCCAGGCUGCAGAUCGAGCUGGGAAAACUCCGAACCGAGCAUGAACAACUGCUGCAGAACUAUGCUAAAAAGGACGCUGACCUGGCCGGCUGUCAGGCUCGGCUGAAGGACGUGGAGGCGUUAUUGAACACUAAGGAGGCUAGUCUGUCCACGGCCUACUCUGAGAAGAAAGCCCUGGAGGCCAUGCUAGCAGAUCUGCACGCCCAGAUCCAGGAGCUGGAGGCAGCACUGGUCUCAGCUAAGAAGCAGCUGGGAGAUGAGACUCUGCUGAGAGUGGAUGUGGAGAACCGCUGCCAGAGCCUGGCGGAGGAGCUGGAGUUCCGCAAAAACAUGUUCGAGGAGGAAAUUAAGGACACCCGGCGCAGGCAUGAGACCCGGCUGGUGGAAGUUGACUCUGGUCACCAGAUGGAGUACGAGUUCAAGCUGGCCCAGGCCCUGGCAGACAUGAGGCAGCAGCAUGAUGAUCAAGUCAAACUCUACAAGGAAGAGAUGGAGCAGACCUACCUAGCCAAGCUGGAGAACAUACGCCUGUCUUCAGAGAUGAACAGCAAUUCAGCAAGCAUGGCACGGGAAGAGCUGAAGGAGUCUGUUUUGAGGGUGGAUAGUCUGGCAGCUCAGCUGGCCAGCUUGCAGAAGGAGACACGUGGCUGGCAGGAUCGCAUCAGUGAACUGGAGGCUGCUCUGGCUCAAGAGAAGGAUCUGAGCCGCAGGAUGCUGGCUGAUAAAGAGCGUGAGAUCGCCGAGAUCCGCGCCAAGAUGCAGCAGCAACUUGAUGAGUACGAACAGCUGCUGGAUGUCAAACUGGCCUUGGACAUGGAGAUCAAUGCCUAUAGGAAGCUGCUGGAGGGCGAGGAGGAGAGAUUAAAGCUUUCUCCCAGCCCGUCAUCUCGUGUGACUGUGUCUCGAGCCUCGUCCAGCCGCAGCGUUCGCACCACACGUGGGAAGAGGAAGCGUGUGGAUGUGGAAGAGUCGGAGGCUAGCAGCAGUGUCAGCAUCGCCCACUCAGCUUCUGCCACUGGCAACGUUAGCAUCGAUGAGCUUGACGUGGAUGGCAAGUUCAUCCGGCUGCAUAACAACUCUGAUCAGGACCAGGCAAUGGUAGGGUUUGAGCUAACCAGAAUUAUUGGAGAAACUUCUGCUACCUACAAGUUCACUCCCAAAUAUGUCCUGAAGGCUGGACAGAAAGUCACUAUCUGGGCAUCUAAUGCAGGUGUGAGCUCCAACCCUCCCACUGACCUCAUCUGGAAGAACCAGAGCUCCUGGGGCACUGGUGAGAACAUCAAGGUGGUCCUGACUAACCCAGAGGGAGAGGAAGUUGCUGUAAGGAGCACAGUGUUCAAGACUGCCACAGUAGCCGAGGAAGAGGAUGAUGAGGGAGUGGAGGUCAUUGAGGAAGAACUCUUCCUUCAGCAGGGAGAACCACCAAGAGAGGGCGCCAAGAGAGGCUGCUCGAUCAUGUGAGAGCAGUAACACUACACACCACCUAACUCUUCCACUACAGCCAGGUUCAGCUGCCAACUCUACAACCACCUCAGAACUAUUUUUGUAUCACUUGUGUAUAAUAAACUAAGUGAAGUUUUUUUUUUUUUUUUUUUUUUUCUUUUUUUAGUUUUAAUGGAUUAUAAACCUUUUUUGGUACAUUUUUAUUUUGUAUGUGAAUUCGUAAAAACUCUUCAACUUUCUUUCUAUGAACCAAAAUUUAGCGAUCAGUGGAGGACUGUAGUGAGACUGAGAGCUCAGUGACGAGUAGGCAGCUUUUGCAAAAUUACCAAGUCCUCCAGGUGCUGUGAUUUUACCUUUUUUCUGUAUCCUCAUUUUUUAAACAUGGCAUUUUAAGGGUCUCUUUAUAGAAAAGUUAUUUUAUACUAGUUUUGUAGUUUUUAGCCAGACAGGUUCUGUAUAAUGGAAUGUAGACUAAAUUCACACAUGGAAGGUAAAAACAGACUGCAGUUUCAAAUACCAUUUUAGAGAGGGCUGCUGGAUAUAUUCAUAUUGUUAGUCUUUAAACUCAAGGAGUGUUUAAACUGCAAAGCACCACAAGGUGGCAGUCUAGACACAUUCGGUUCUUUGGAUACUUUUCUCUUGAAACUUGAUUAACCAAUAUUCACCGUGCCAGUUUUUCUACUCUUGAAGUGCCAGCAUGCUGACUUACACUCCCUGGCAAAAUGUUUAAUUGAUAAGUUAGAGAAGAAACGUGGAGGCUAGCAUAAUGUUGUUUAGCUACUGUACUUUGCCAGCAGUUUAUGUAAGCAGUCUGUAAAUUGGGUAAAUUGGCUACGCAAUAUCUCAUUGUGACGAGACACUAAAGCAGCUGAGUGUAAUGGUGCCAUUUAUAUCGAAUUACCUCUUAAGAAUUAGCCUUGGAUGGACUUGCUUUUAUUUUAUGCCAGAUUGUUCCUCUUAUCUAACUCUGAAUAGUCUUAUGCCUAUAUUUUGAUUUUCAUCUUAACUUUGAGUAGAAUUGUGGGUUGUCCUUCAUGUCACUUGCAUGCUUUUGCUCUAACCUUUACAGUUUGUAAGGCAAAAUAAAAUUUUGUUGUAUUUUCUA